AUCUGUUGCUUAUUUUUCAUAUGAUCGGUGAAAUGUCGUCAGGGAACGGUACAAAGCCGAUCUGUCAUAGAUCUUGUUUGUUUAUCAAUUGCAAUUUUAUUGGGACCCGCUUCAAACAGGGCCUGUAUUGUUAGGUUAGGCAAAUAGGGGAAUACCGUAAAUAGUCUUGAGAAAAUGGACUUCGAACUUAUCGAUCUUACGUUGGAUGACGAUGAAGAGGACGGGGACGGCUACAUGGACGAGACGAGCUCCAUUUACUCUCUUGCCACGCUUCCCACGAAGCGAGAAGCAGAAGAAAUGACGGAGCUUGACGAACUCGAGAAGGAAAGGGAGGAGGUCCCUGAACAACCCCAUGACGAAGAGGAAGACGCAGAAGAGCGCUUACAGCAAUCGAUACGAGAAGAAGAGGAGAUGCAGAUAGCACGCGCGGUCAUGGAGCGCCUUGAAUGGGAGCAGGAGGCAGUGGAGGCGUUCGAGAGGGAGCGGGAGGAGGAGGCCAUGGCGCAGGCGGCCGCCAGCGCCCUGGACGACGACCUGGACGACGCGGUGGCCACCCCCGUCCAUUCUUCAUUUGUAAGGUAA